CCCUCACAGGAUAUGUAAAGACUUCAAUAACGAGCCAUUAACCCCUAAUCAUCGGGAUCGAUCAGGCGUUAACAAGGGCCUCUACAUAUGCAAAUUGCAGCAAGGGUCAGGGCCCUAUAAAAGUCGACCUGGACGAGAGUUGCCACCACACACUCCCUCUGACAUUCGGUGGAUUUACAGGUCACUGAGCAGCACUGCGAACAUGGUGAAAUACUUUUCUGUGGACUGGCUGGCUCAGAGCCAUCACAACGCCGCGUCGACCGAGGAGCGCGGAGCUGGCACGGAUAAUGCCCCGACCUGCAGACCCCACAUUCCCUGCAUGGUUCAGCCGCGGCCGCCGACUUUUGGCAAGAGUUAUCUGCAGCCAAAACCCAAAGCAUCAAUGCCCGCUGAACACACGGAGAGCAGCGGGCAGCGGGACUCCAGUCCAGGCUCACCUUUGCAUCCAACAAGCUGCGCCUCACCAAUUUCAGAAAUCAGCGGUUACUCCUCCGGAUAUGAGAGCGAGGCGGCCUCCUCUGAGUGUCUCUCUGUAGACGAGGGAGGCGAGAUGGAGAAAGAAGGACCACAGCGCCGUGUGCGCACCAAGUUCACCCCGGAGCAGAUCAGCAAACUGGAAAAGAUCUUUAACAAACACAAAUACCUGGAUGCUGGAGAGAGAGUGAAGACAGCGCAGAAGCUCAACCUCACAGAAACUCAGGUGAGGACCUGGUUCCAGAACAGGAGGAUGAAGCUGAAACGGGAGGUGCAGGACUACCUCGCUCCCCAAGUCCCACCGGUGUUGUUCCAGCCUCUUCCCCCUGUUCAGUACCACAGCGUGGGGGGACAGCGAGCUUACUACCCCGCGGCAGGCCCGGCCUUCUACCCGCAGCUCGUCCUGCAGCAGCAGAUGCCCUCUCAUCACCCCCACCACGGCAUGAUCCACAGCCCACAUUUCUACUGAAGGGCUGACAGCUUCAGACUCUCUCUUUCCCGACUGAAACACUUAGAAUCCAAAGAAGUGCAAUCCAGAGUUGUUUUAUUCGAUGUGUGAUUUUUAUUAUAUUUUAUAUGUAAAUAAUUUACAGAAAACUCUAUUUAUCAUCAAAUAAAGUUUAUCUUCUA